CGCAUGUAUACCAAUAACUUUCUACGAUCACGUCAUUUGUGUAGGAUGGAAACGUUGUGAUUACAACUAUAAAGGUAGGAGCGGGAUUAUUACGAGUGAUUUACUUGUACAUUUAUUUAUGAGAAUUUUACGUAACUUGAUAUUUAGCUGGGCAAUUGAAAAAAAAUCGUGGAAAUUUCUUUAUUAACCAGUAACAGGAUAGCAUAUUGUAUUAAAUUAUAAACAUGUCUGACGAAAAGAAGGUAAUGUUUCAUAACCUUAAAACCUGAUGUAAUGGUAAAAAGUGACGACUCAGAAGGAUAUCUUCUGUUACAGGAAACAAAAGCAGAGUCAGAGCACAUAAAUUUAAAAGUGCUGGGACAAGACAGUGCAGUGGUUCAAUUUAAAAUUAAGAAACACACACCACUCAGGAAAUUAAUGAAUGCCUACUGUGAUCGUGUGGGCUUGGCGAUAGCAGCAGUAAGGUUCAGAUUUGAUGGAGAGCCCAUAAAUGAAUUAGAUACACCAACAACCCUUGAAAUGGAAGAAGGUGAUACAAUAGAAGUUUAUCAGCAACAAACAGGAGGAACAUUGUGUUGAGAUUUAUGAUUGUCCCUUAAUAGUUUAAAAAUGGACUUGAUAAAAAAUUUCUGUUCCAGUGCUUACUUUGGAAAAGAGGCAUAAAUUAUUUUCUGUGUUUUUUCCAAUACAAAAGAAUAUUUCAUUUCAUGAUAUAAUGUGGGAAAAGUUAUUUGUACAUUUUAUAUAUUUUAAACUUACAGUUGCAAAUCGUACAGUUCAAUCUAUGUGUUUGUUUUAUCUGAAAAGCAAGUUUUUUUACAUACAUUUUAUAUUAUUUAAUGUGGAACAAUAACUUAAGAAUAUAAUAAUUUUUCAUAAUGCAUGAAGUUUUUAAUUAUUCUAUUGUAAAAAUUGGAUUUUUCUUCAAAUGUAUCAUCUUAAUACCUGAUAAUUUGGCCAAAAACAUUGUAAAACAAGCUUAUUAUUAUGUUAUAGUUAAUAAUAUACAUUGUAAAUGAAGACACGUUAAUCGUCUCUUCAGCAUUUUGCACUAUGUAGAAAAAAAACAUCUACAUCAUAUGAACACAUGUUACUUAUAAAACAUAAGAUUCUUUGUAAAUGAUUUUCAUAAAAGAAAAAAAAUUACUAAUGUAAAAUCUCAAAUUCUCUUAAUAAAUUUCAUCUUUGUAGGAACAUUCGUUUAUUAUAACAAUGUACAGAUAGGACAAUGACAGAGUAUCAUUACAUAAAUAUUUAAUAUUGUAACUAUUUUUAAAAAAUUCGUAAAAAUUUCAUUUGUGUUUUUUACUUUCCAUGAAAAUAAUGUUACUUUGUAUAUGAACAAAUAAUAAAUUGUGUUUUAUCUUUUCUAU